AUCAGCCUAGAAUCUCAUUUUAAGGUGCAAAGGUCCAACUAGUUCAUUGAUUUUGGUCCUCCACCAAGUCCUUGUUGAACUUUCUGUGUUAUGCCAAAAAAAAAAAUGUCAUUGUUAAUUAUAUAUAUGAUUGUUUGAUUUUAUUUAAAUUUAUGACAAGGGUUGGAGAACACCAGUUACCACUUAUUUUUUAGUUUUAGACAUUUAUCACAUUCAAUAUAUUAAAAUUUUGAAUUUAUUAGACACUACUAAAAUUUGUAAUAUAUUAUUUCAAAGAAAAGUAAAAGGGACCAAGUUUAUGGUUUCUGUUGAAGGCUGAAUUUAAUUUUAAUGGAGAAUUGGCAGAGUAUUGACCUAAGCUGUGUAAUUAAAUGAAAUGGAAGCUGCCACCUUUAUUCAUUUUCAAUUAACUGUACAACUGUAACUAAUCAUAGUUAUUGCAUCCUCAGUUAUCACUCAAUCUGUCAAAACAACACAGAAAGAACAGUUAUAAGUUAAUCUCCACCCAAUAAAAUUGGCCGGAAUUUGUGGGGAGAUUUAGCGCCCUCGGGUUCUUUCCAGCUCCACUGACCUUGGAGCUGUUCCGGGCUUUAAACCCACCGCCACAUGUGUGAUGGUACCGGCGCCGGCGGUCAAUGUUCCCGCCGGUUAGAGUCCUCUGGUCCUUUUUGGGUUUUUUUUGUUUUCGAGGAAAUUUCCACGUAUGAUGAUAUGAAUGUACUUAUUCAGGAUAACUGAGAUUGGAAUUGUUAACACAAGGACAAAGAGACCAAAUAAUGGAGAUUUAAAUCUCCAUUAUGAAUAAAUAAUCGGAAAAAAAAGGGUUUGACAGAGAGAGAAAGAUGGGAGUGGGGAAGAAGUGUUGUGUGUUUUCUUGUACUUUUUUCAAGUUGCAGGUUUUGGAGUAUCGUGUCGGGAGGUCUUAUUUUUUUACUAAUAUCUUUUUGGUAAAAAAAAAAAAAAGUAUUGAUUUUUUGAAAAUACUUUGUUUCAUUCAAACCUUCCCAAAGCGAGCCCGAGAUCUCCCUUGGCUUGUGUAUAUAAUCUUCUCCUUCGCUUUCUCGUUGAAUACAAAGCCUUGUUUGCGGCGUUUCAGAACAAACUGAGAAGAAACCUUCAACAUUCUGAACAGAUUACAAAAUCCUCAGAUCGAAAAUGGCAAUCGACAUGAACUUUUCCCAUGAUAUUGAUGAUGAAUAUGUGAAGCUGAUUAGAAGGAUGAAUCCAACCAGGGUUGUUAUUGACAAUGAAGCCUGUAAGGAUGCUACUGUUAUAAGGGUAGAUAGCGCCAAUAAACAUGGGAUUCUUCUUGAAGUCGUUCAAGUUCUUACUGAUCUUAAUCUCAUUGUCACCAAAGCCUAUAUUUCUUGUGAUGGUUGUUGGUUCAUGGAUGUUUUUAAUGUCACUGAUCAAGAUGGAAACAAAGUUACAGAUGAAGGGGUUUUAGACUAUAUCAAAAGGUCGCUUGAGUCGGAUUCUUGUUUUGCAUCUUCCAUGAGAUCUGUGGGUGUAAAACCAUCGGUUGAUUACACAGCAAUUGAGCUUAUUGGAAAUGAUAGACAAGGAUUACUUUCUGAACUCAGCGCGGUCCUCACUCACCUCAAAUGCAACGUUGUGCACGCCGAGGUGUGGACUCACAACACACGGGCGGCCGCCGUGAUGCAUGUCACCGACGACGAAACUGGUUCUGCAAUUACUGAUCUUGAGAGGCUAUCUAGGAUCAAGGGAUUACUCUGUAAUGUACUAAGGGGAAGCAACAAUAGGACCAAUGGAGCUAAGACUGUUGUGUCUCAAGGAAUCACUCACAUUGACAGAAGGCUUCAUCAGAUGAUGUUUGCUGAUAGGGAUUAUGAACUUCUUGGUGAAGAUUUAAUGGACGAGAAGCAAAGGCCUAAUGUCAAGGUUGUUAAUUGGUGUGACAUAGACUAUUCUGUCAUUACAAUUCGGAGCAAAGAUCGCCCGAAACUUCUUUUCGACACGAUUUGCACGUUGACAGAUAUGCAAUAUGUGGUCUUCCAUGCCAAUGUAGUUGCUGAAGGGACAGAAGCCUAUCAGGAAUAUUACAUUAGACAUAUAGAUGGAUCUCCUGUUAAAUCUGAUGCAGAGAAACAAAGGGUAAUUCAAUGUCUUGAAGCUGCUAUAAGGAGAAGAGUGUCUGAGGGCUUGAAGCUUGAGUUAUGCACAACAGAUAGAGUAGGCCUUCUCUCUGAUGUCACCCGCAUCUUCCGAGAGAACAGCCUGACUGUCACAAGAGCAGAAGUAUCAACUAAAGGCGGUAAGGCGAUUAAUACGUUCUACGUUCGUGAUGCGUCGGGGUAUCCAGUCGAUUCGAAGACGAUAGAUUCAAUUCGAGAUUUGAUCGGGCAAACAAUACUGAAAGUGAAAGGCAGUCCAAAAGAACAAAAACAAGGUUCUUCUCAGGAUUCACCAACUAGAUUCUUAUUUGGUGGUCUUUUUAGAUCUAGAUCUUUUGUAAAUUUUGGGUUAAUAAGGUCAUAAUCACGAGGAGAUUUACUGCUACUGAAUUGAUUUAAGCCCAUCAUGUAAAUGCACCAUAAAUACUACAUAGGAACCAAAACAUGGAGCACCAUCAGCUCCUUCCUUCUUGUACAUAACUCAGAAGAAUUAGGCUCUUCUCUUAGCUUUUAUUUCUCCGACUUAACCAAAAUGAAAGUUUUCGUUUUUGUGU